AUGCCAACCAAACACCUCUCUCCGCCUACGACCCCCAACUCACCUACACUCCACCACCGUGAACCCCAGGAAUCCCUGCUCUCCCGUACCAUCCUCGCUCCUGUCCUCUUCCUGUCCUUCAUCUUCUCUCUCCUUAUUAUCGACCGGAGGACAUCGCCAUCUAUCCUCUCUCGCCGAGGCUUUCCACCCGGAAGUCCCCCAUCAAAGGAGAAAUAUUCUCAUCCAUACUAUCACUCACAUCAGCGGAAGCUGGCGAGAGAGCAGAUGGAUGAGGCGUUUGCAAUCCGGGCUAAGGUAAUUGUGGGGUUGUGUGUCCUUGCUGGUAUUGGAAUUGUGGGGAUGGCUGCCAUUGGAGUGAAAAUUUGGAGUUGGGUUUAUGGAUCAUGA